UUUCCCAACACCCGAAUGGUGAAUGAACAAAUAAAUAACACCUCAUCACAAUGCAGUUUCCAACACAGUCGGAAAAUGCAAUUAUUCAGUUUCACAACUAUUUUGCUGCUCGCUUUGGUCGCUGCCGUAGCUUUGGCACAACCGCCACCAAAUUGUGCCAGUAACGUUGCCAUUCUAUGUUCCGCCGGUGGUGGACCUGCUGUUUAUGCCAGAGAUCCUCAGACUGGAGCUUGUACGAAAUAUGAUAAUCGGUGUCUCUUCAAUGUCUUCAAUUGCAUAAAAUAUCGCGAGAAUCAAUCGACUUUGCAGGAGGUUGGCAGCUGUUAAAAUGGCAAAUGAUUUCAAUAUGUUUUUCCAUCUUAAUUGAAGUGUCACAUUGGUGAUGGUAUAUAAUAAAUCUAUUUUUUGAUAUUGAUAAAUAGAA